UCCCAUUAAAGCGGGACAGCGGCCACUGUGAGGGUGAUCGAGGCUGGCGGGCCCAGCACAGCCAGCACUCCUGCCCUGCAAAGGGGGGGUUCGGUUUUGUGAGUCAAUUGGCAUUGAUGACGUCAAAGCCCUGGCAGCCUUAAUGACAUACAAAUGUGCGGUGGUGGAUGUCCCCUUUGGUGGUGCCAUGGCUGGCGUGAAGAUUGAUCCAAAGAAGUAUUCAGAAGGUGAGCUGGAGAAAAUAACACGGCAGUUUACAGUUGAAAUGGCCAAGAAGGGAUUUAUAGGGCCUGGAACUGACGUUGCUGCUCCUGACAUAAACACAGGGGAAAGGGAGAUGUCCUGGAUUGCUGACACCUACUCCCACACUCUCGGCUACAAGGAUAUCAAUGCCCAUGCCUGUGUGAUGGGGAAGCCGAUUAGUCAGGGAGGAAUCCAUGGGCGAGUCCCUGCCACAGGCCGUGGUCUGUUGCAUGGGAUUGAGAACUACAUCAACAACACCCUCUAUAUGAACCUCAUUGGCCUGAGCCCUGGUUUCCCUGGCAAGACCUUUGUGUUGCAGGGCUUUGGCAACACGGGCUUGCACACCAUGAGGUACCUGCACCGCUAUGGAGCAUGCUGUGUGUGUGUUGGGGAGGUGGAUGGUGCUAUUUACAAUUCCAGUGGGAUCCAUCCCAAGGAACUACAAGAUUAUAAGACAGAACACGGCACCAUUGUUGGUUUUCCAAAAGCAGAGCCUUACGAAGGCAGCGUCCUUGAAGUACCUUGUGACAUCCUCAUCCCAGCUGCUAUCGAGAAGCAGCUCACAAAGGAGAACGCGCAUCGGGUCCAAGCCAAGAUUAUUGCCAAAGCUGCCAACGGCCCCACAACACCAGCAGCCCAUGAGAUCUUCCUGCAGAGAAAUAUCCUCGUCAUCCCGGACCUGUAUGUGAACGCGGGUGGCGUGACGGUUUCCUUCUUUGAGUGGCUGAAGAACCUGAACCACGUGAGCUAUGGCCGCCUGACCUUCAAGUAUGAGCGUGACUCCAACUACCACCUGCUGAUGUCUGUCCAGCAGAGCCUUGAGCGGACCCUUGGGAAGGGCAGCGGGGAGAUCCCCAUCAUCCCCUCCCCGGAGUUCCAGGCCAGGGUGGCAGGGGCCUCAGAGAAGGAUAUUGUGCACUCGGGGCUGGCAUACACUAUGGACCGCUCGGCCCAGCAAAUCAUGAACAUCGCCACGAAGUACAACCUGGGCUUGGACCAGAGAACCGCUGCCUACCUGUGUGCCAUCGAGAAGGUGUUCAGAGUGUACAACGAAGCUGGGUUUGCAUACUGACAUGAGCUGUCCCCUGGCCUCGGCCCUCCCUGGGCUAAGGGCACAGCUGCCUCCCCAUGGCUGAAAUGAUCCCAGAAAGAGACUCUCCGGGGGGGGAAGAAGUGCUCAUGGGCGGGGUCAGAGCAUGUUUGUCCCUGUGGCUGCAACCUCUGCUCUCCUG